CGCCGCCUUCCCGCUCGGGCCGCGGGCCGGUGACGGGCCGGGGCUGCAUGGCCUCGCCCGCGCGCCGCCGCUGAGCCGCGGGCCAGAGCCGGAGUCGGAGCCGGAGCCGAAUCUCCUCACCGCUGCUCUGGGACACGCCUCUGUUGGAUUUAAUUUACAGUCAUCAGCCACAGCUUUCAGCGAUGGACUCGCAGACGGUUGAUGAUGAAGCGAUGGCGGCGUGAAUGAAGGCCCAGUGAGGAGAAACGAUGCCCAAGGGUGGGUGUUCUAGAACCCCACAGCAGGAAGAGCGUUCCCUGAGCAGCGACAUGGUGGAGAAGCAGCCCGGGAAAAAGUGGAGCCUGUGUCGAGUGAGGACACCCUUCUCACAGUGACCUGGGCGGUGGUGUCAGGACGACUCAGGCCAUUUCUGCAGUUGAGAAGGACAAAGAUAAAGUUUCUCUAACCAAGACCCCAAAGCUGGACCGCAGUGAUGGUGGGAAGGAGGUGAGAGAGCGCGCACCCAAGAGGAAGCUGCCCUUCACCGUGGGGGCCAAUGGAGAGCAGAAGGACUCGGACACAGAUGCCUCCAGCUCAGUCCACGCCGUGGUACUGCAAGGCUGGUUCGCUCCUCGAAGCGCCAUGGCAUGAGAUGGAGGCUCCUAGAAGCAAGAAGAAAGAGAAGCAGGGUCCUGAGCGGAAGCGGAUCAGGAAGGAGCCCGUCACCCGCAAGGCCGGGCUGCUCUUCGGCAUGGGGCUGUCUGGGAUCCGUGCAGGCUACCCUCUCUCUGAGCGCCAGCAGGUGGCUCUGCUCAUGCAGAUGACGGCCGAGGAAUCCGCCAACAGCCCAGUGGACAUGACACCAAAGCACCCCUCUCAGUCAACAGUGUGUCAGAAGGGGACGCCCAACUCUGCCUCAAAAACCAAAGAUAAAGUGAACAAGAGGAACGAGCGUGGGGAGACCCGCCUGCACCGGGCAGCCAUCCGGGGGGAUGCCCGGCGCAUCAAGGAGCUUAUCAGCGAGGGGGCAGACGUCAACGUCAAGGACUUUGCGGGCUGGACGGCACUGCAUGAGGCCUGUAACCGGGGCUACUAUGAUGUCGCGAAGCAGCUGCUGGCUGCGGGCGCAGAGGUGAACACCAAGGGCCUGGAUGAUGACACACCCUUGCACGAUGCUGCCAACAACGGGCACUACAAGGUGGUGAAGCUGCUGCUCCGGUAUGGAGGGAACCCUCAGCAGAGCAACAGGAAGGGCGAGACACCGCUGAAGGUGGCCAGCUCCCCGACCAUGGUGAACCUGCUUCUGGGCAAGGGUACCUACACGUCUAGCGAGGAGAGCUCAGCUGAGAGCUCCGAGGAGGAGGAGGAAGACGCCCCGUCGUUCGCACCUUCCAGCUCAGUUGAUGGCAAUAACACAGACUCAGAGUUUGAGAAGGGCCUAAAGCACAAGGCCAAGAAUCCAGAGCCGCAGAAAACCGUGACCCCGGUCAAGGACGAGUAUGAGUUUGACGAGGAUGACGAGCAGGACAGAACCCCCCCAGUGGACGACAAACACUUACUGAAAAAGGACUACAGAAGAGAAGCCAAGUCAAAUAGUUUUAUUUCUAUACCCAAAAUGGAAGUGAAAAGCUACACGAAAAACAGCACGAUUGCACCAAAGAAGGCGUCUCAUCGCAUCCUGUCGGACACGUCUGACGAGGAGGACGUCGGCGUCGCCGUGGGGGCGGGGGAGAAGCUGAGACUCUCAGCCCACACCAUGCUGCCCGGCAACAAGACCCGGGAGCCUUCGAACUGCAAGCAGCAGAAGGAAAGAAAUAAAGUGAAAAAGAAGCGAAAGAAAGAAAUAAAGGGCAAAGAAGUGCGGUUUGGGAAGAGGGGCGACACGUUCUGCUCGUCCGAGUCUGAGAGCGAGUCCUCGGAAAGUGGUGAGGAUGGCGGGGACUCGGUGGGCAGCCCAGGCUGCCUCAAGGAGUCCCCACUGGUGCUGAAGGACCCCGCCCUGUUCAGCUCCCUGUCCGCCUCCUCCACCUCAUCCCACGGCAGCUCCACCGCCCAGAAGCAUAAUACCGGCCAUGCAGACCCACACGCCAAGCAUUGGCGGACAGACAAUUGGAAAACCAUUUCCUCUCCUGCCUGGUCCGAGGUCAGCUCCUUAUCAGACUCCACCAGGACAAGACUGAGCAGUGAGUCUGAUGGCUCCUCUGAAGGCUCCAGCGUGGAGUCACUGAAACCAGUCAGGAAGAGACAGGAGCACAAAAAGAGGGCUGGCCUGCAGGGCACGCUACCCGACAGGAAGAACUCCUUCCACCCGAGCGGGGAUGGUGCCAUCCCCAAGCUGGACAAGGAGGGCAAAGUCAUCAAGAAACACAAGACUAAACAUAAACACAAAAGCAAGGAGAAGGGGUUGUGCUCUGUCAGCCAGGAACUGAAGCUGAAGAGCUUUACCUACGAGUACGAGGACUCGAAGCAGAGGGCGGACAAGGCCAUCCUCCUGGACGACGUGCCCGCUGAGAACAAGCUGAAGGGCCUGAAGCAUGAGAGAGACCACUGCAAGAAAGAGGAGAAGCUCAGCAAGAUGAAGUCAGAAGAAAAAGACUGGCUCUUUAAGGACGAGAUGAUCAAGGUCUCCAGAGAGGAGAAGUCGCUGAAGAGAAUCAGGGACCUGAACAAGGACGGGGGCAGGGCCUUCCGGGAGGAGAAGGACCGUUCAAACAAGGCCGAGAAGGAGAGGCUGCUGAAGGAAAAGUCUCCUAAAGAGGAGAAGCUGCGGCUCUACAAAGAGGAAAGAAAGAAGAAGUCCAAAGACAGGCCCUCAAAGUUAGAGAAAAAGAAUGACUUUAAGGAUGAAAAAAUUCCCAAAGAGAAGGAGAAGAUCUUCAAGGAGGAUAAAGAAAAACUCAGAAAAGAAAAAGGGUAUCGGGAGGACUCUGCUUUUGACGAGUACUGUAACAAAAGUCAGUUUCUGGAAAACGAAGACACCAAGUUCAGUCUCUCUGACGACCAGCAGGAUCGCUGGUUCUCGGAUCUGUCAGAUUCCUCCUUCGAUUUCAAAGGGGAAGACAGCUGGGACUCCCCAGUGACAGACUACAGGGACAUGAAGAGCGACUCUGUGGCCAGGCUGAUCCUGGAGACGGUGAAGGAGGACAGCAAGGAGAAGAGGCGGGAGAGCAAGGCCCGGGAGAAGCGCGGGGACAGGGACUUUUUCUCUCGGAAAAAGGACAGGGAUGGCCUGGAGCGGCGGCGAGAGCACGUGGCCGACAGGCACAGGGCCGUCCCCAGUUUCCUCUGCGAGAAGGACAAACGGCGGCGCGAGUCCACAGAGGGCAGCCGGGACCGGAAGGAGCCCCCUGAGGCUGCUAAGGAGCGGAGAGACGGGCGCGUGAAGCCCGAGGAGGUGCACAGGGAGGACCUGAAGGAGUAUGGCUGUGACUUUGGGAAGAGCCUGGAGCCCUGGGAGAGGCACCACCCGGGGAGAGAGAAGGAGAAGAGGGAGAAGCUGAAGCUGGAGAAGCACAAGGAGAAGUCCAGCGACAAGGACAAAAGUGAAAAACUCAUCCUUGAGAAAUGUCCGAGGGACAGAGAGUUUGAUAAGUGUUUUAAAGAGAAAAAGGAUGCCAAGGAAAAGCAUAAAGACGUGCACAGCAAAGACAAGGAGAGGAAGGCAUCCCUUGACCAAGGCAGAGACAAACGGGAGAAGGCCUUCCCUGGAAUCCUCUCCGAGGACUUCUCUGAAAAAAAAGACGAGAAAAAGGGCAAAGAGAAAAGCUGGUAUAUUGCAGAUAUCUUCACAGAUGAAAGUGAAGAUGAAAAAGAUGACUACACAGCGAGCGGAUUCAAAGUCGGGGAGGCGAGUGAAGGGCGGGGGGAUGGCCCCCCCGAGAGAGAGGACGGGCGGGAGGUGCACCCCCCUGACCGGCACCGGAAGCACUCAGCCGACAGGCAAGCCCAUGCUGAGAAGCAGAAGGACAAAGAGAUGAGGGAGAAGAAGAAGGAGAAGGGGGCCGCGGACGGGGGGAAGGACAGGAGGGAGAAGACCUUUGAGAAGCACAAGGAGAAGAGGGACAGGAGGGACCGCACGUCUGUGGACGCCGUGCAGGACAAGAGGAGCAAGCAGAAGCUACCUGAGAAGGGGGAGAAGAGGCCCCCUGCGGAGGAUAAGGCCAAGGCCAGGCACCGGGAGAGGCCGGACCGUGAGCAGGGCCGCGAGAGGAGGGCCAGCAAGGGCGCUGAGGCAGAGAGGAGCCUGCUGGAGCGGCUGGAGGAGGCGGCCCUGCAGGACUUCCGCGAGGACUCCCACGACAAGGCCAGCGAGGCGUCCUCCGACGGCUUCCCCGACCGCGGCCAGGACCCCAGCCUCAGCGCCCUCCUGGACGUGUCCUUCCCGGAGCCCCCAGAGGAGCGGGUGCGGGAGAGGGAGCGGCACCGGCACGCCUCGUCCUCCUCCAAGAAGAGCCACGAUCGAGAGCGGGGCAGGAAGGACAAGCUCGAGAAGAAGGACAAGAGCGACGACUGCAAGGACGCCGGCGGCCGGAAGGACGCCGGCCAGUACGAGAAGGAGCUCCUGGACAGCGACGCUUACGGUGCCUCCUGCGGCUCCAAGGCUGACGCAGAGGAUGAGCUGGACAAAGCCCUCGAGCUGUUUUCUGCUGAAAAGAAGGAGAAAAAUGAUCCUGAACGAGAGCCUCCUAAGAAGGUGGAGAAGGAGCUGCGGCCUUUCGGCUCCAGCGCCCUCAACCUCCUGAAGGAGAAGCGGCGGCGGGAGAAGCACCGCGAGCGGUGGCGAGAGGACAAGGAGCGGCACCGGCACCAUCGUGAGGAGCCCAAGCCCCCGGCCAGGGACACCGCCCCCAGCGCCUUCCGAGACAAGGCCAAGGACGAGGGUGGGAAGCUCGGCGAGGCCAGGCUGAAGGAGAAGACCAAGGAGAAUCCCGAGAAGGAGAAGGGAGACCCUGCGAAGCUCAGCAACGGAAAUGACAAGCUGCUCCCGGCCAGAGACCCGGGCAAGAAAGACGUGCGGCCCCGGGAGAAGCUUCUGGGCGACGGGGACCUGAUGAUGACCAGCUUCGAGCGGAUGCUGUCCCAGAAGGACCUAGAGAUUGAGGAGCGGCACAAGCGGCACAAGGAGAGGAUGAGGCAGAUGGAGAAGCUGCGGCACCGCUCCGGGGACCCCAAGCUCAAGGAGAAGGCGCGGCCCGCAGAGGACGCACGCAAGAAGAGUCUGGAUGGCCCGCCCAAGAAGCCACCUGGGCCCGACCUCACCCCAAAGGACAGAAAACCAAAGGAGUCCGUUCCUCCUGCCCCCGCCACUGAGAACAAGCCCCACCCGGGACUAGGAGUGGACCCCCGGGACUGGCUGGCAGGACCCCACAUGAAAGAGGUCUUGCCUGCGUCCCCCAGGCCUGACCAUGGCCGGCCCACUGGGGUCCCCACCCCCGCCUCGGUGGUGUCCUGCCCCAGCUACGAGGAGGCCAUGCACACGCCCCGGACCCCGUCUUGCAGCGCUGAUGACUACCCCGACCUCAUGUUCGACUGCACGGACCCCCAGCCGAUGUCCAGCACCUCUGCCAGCGCCUGCUCACCCUCUUUCUUUGACAGGUUCUCUGUGGCCACAAGUGGGAUUUCAGAGACCCCAGGCCAGACAUCAACGAGGCCACUGUGCACAAACCUUUACCGCUCGGUCUCCGUGGACGUCAGGAGGACCCCCGAGGAGGAGUUUGGCCUCGGGGACAAGCUGUUCAGACAGCAGAGUGUCCCCGCUGCUCCCAGCUACAGUUCACCAGGACAGCACCCCGAGGACAAGGCCCCUGGCCCUCCAGCACCCGCGGAGAAGUUCGCCUGCCUGUCUCCAGGGUAUUACUCCCCGGACUAUGGCAUGCCCUCCCCCAAAGUCGACGCCUUGCACUGCCCGCCUGCGGCCACAGUCAACCUCACCCCCUCCCCAGAGGGCGCCUUUGCUGGUUUACAAGCCAAGUCCCCCGCUUCACACAGAGAUGAGCUUUUGGCCCCGUCCAUGGAGGGGGCCCUCCCCCCUGACCUUGGCAUCCCCCUGGAUGCCACGGAGGACCAGCAGGCCACUGCAGCCAUCAUUCCCCCGGAGCCCAGCUUCCUGGAGCCCCUGGACGAGGGCCCCUUCAGCACGGUCAUCACGGAGGAACCAGUCGAAUGGGCGCACCCUGCUGCUGCAGAGCAGGGCCUGCCCCCCGCCCUUAUUGGGGGCACUCCUGGUGACACGGCCAGCUGGCCUGUGGGGUCGGACCUCCUCCUGAAGUCCCCACAGAGGUUCCCAGAGUCCCCGAAACAGUUCUGCCCUGCCGAGUCACUCCAUCCCGAGCCCCCUUACCCGGCAUCCCCCGUCUCAUACCCUCUGCCGGUCCCCGAGCCGGGACUGGAAGCUAAGGACAAGGCCGAGGGAACAGUCCCAGCCACCGUCUCUGCUUCUGAGGAGUCGGCCCCGUUCGCCCCUCCCUCCCGGCUGGAGUCCUUCUUCAGUAACUGCAAGUCCCUUCCUGAUGCGCCUCCUGAUGCGCCCCCAGAGCCUGCGUGUGUGACAGCCGUGGCUCAGGUGGAGGCACUGGGGCCCCUGGAGAAUAAUUUCCUGGAAGGUGGUCACAACCUGUCGGCACUCGGCCCGGUGGAGCCGGUGCCCUGGUCCGGUGCCUUCCCCGCUGCCGAGGACGACCUCGACCUGGGGCCUUUCUCACUGCCAGAGCUCCCUCUCCAGACCAAGGAUGUUCCCGACGUGGAAGCAGAGCCUGUGGAAGAGAGUCCUCUCGUUCCUCCAGAGAACACCCCCUUGGGGGCCCCUGUGCUCCCAGGCAGUGGGGAGGCUGCUGGGGCAGCUGCUGACCAACAGCUGGUGUCGCCUCCUGAUCAGGCAGCCACCCGGCUCCCCACCGAAGCCGUGCCGGAGCCCCCAGAGGAGCCAAAGCCAGCAGCGCUGCCUGAGGCCACGGCAGAGGGAGGGUCCGGGCCAGAGGGGAGAGCCCCUGAGGACUCCCACCCUGGCUCAGGGCUCACACCAGCCCUCUCAGAGCAGCGUCCACCAGGGAGUGGAGAUGAGGAGCCCGAGGGCCAAGAUCCCUCGGCCUCGCCCCACAGCACCCUUGAUGCCCCUGUGGAUGGCUCGGCUCAGGCCCACAUGGCAGAUGGGGCCAGCCCUCAGGACAGUGCCGGGCCCGAGGGGACCCCGGACAGCGUCCAGCCUGAAUCCACCGAACCAGAACCUAAACCGAUGGCUGAGGCCCCGAAGGCACCCAAAGUAGAGGAGAUCCCUCAGCGCAUGACCAGGACCCGUGCCCAGAUGCUGGCUAACCAGCACAAGCAGAGCUCACCACCCACUGAAAAGGAGCCCACGCCCACGCCCACGCCCACCCCCAGGGCCAAGGGUCGCGGCUCUGAGGACGACGACCCCCAGGCCCAGCACCCACGCAAACGCCGAUUCCAGCGCUCCAGCCAGCAGCUGGCCCAGCAGAUGCACACAUCCACGCGGCAAACACGCGAGGUGAUCCAGCAGACGCUGGCCGCCAUCGUGGACGCCAUCAAGCUGGACGCCAUUGAGCCUUACCACAGCGACAGGUCCAACCCAUACUUCGAGUAUCUGCAGAUCCGGAAGAAGAUUGAGGAGAAGCGCAAAAUCCUGUGCUACAUCAGCCCGCAGGCGCCGCAGUGCUACGCCGAGUACGUCACCUACACCGGCUCCUACCUCCUGGAUGGCAAGCCACUCAGCAAGCUGCACAUCCCUGUGAUCGCGCCCCCACCCUCGCUGGCGGAGCCCCUGAAGGAGCUGUUCAAGCAGCAGGAGGCCGUGCGGGGGAAGCUCCGCCUGCAGCACAGCAUCGAGCGGGAGAAGCUGAUCGUCUCUUGCGAGCAGGAGAUACUGCGGGUCCACUGCCGGGCAGCGAGGACCAUCGCGAACCAGGCGGUGCCGUUCAGCGCCUGCACCAUGCUGCUGGACUCAGAGGUGUACAACAUGCCGCUGGAGAGCCAGGGUGAUGAGAACAAGUCAGUGCGGGACAGGUUCAACGCCCGCCAGUUUAUAUCCUGGUUGCAGGACGUGGACGACAAGUACGACCGCAUGAAGACGUGUCUCCUGAUGCGGCAGCAGCACGAGGCGGCGGCUCUCAACGCCGUGCAGAGGAUGGAGUGGCAGCUGAAAGUCCAGGAGCUGGACCCCGCCGGGCACAAGUCACUGUGCGUGAACGAGGUGCCGUCCUUCUACGUGCCCAUGGUCGACGUCAACGACGACUUUGUGCUCCUGCCGGCCUGAUGCACAGGGACAGCUGCACAGGACACAGGCGAGCCCCCCUGACGUCUGCUGCCGAGUCCAGGCGGCGGGAGGAGACCAUGUCCCCAGUGGGGACGCCUAGGGAGAAACCGCACUGGGUCCCUGGUGCGCCUCCUUCCCACCAGCCCCUGCGGGAGGACGCAGAGCCGGGGGCACAGGCACAGGCGCGGUGGCCUCGGGCUCUUCUCUGGCGGCUACGCAGGCAUCUCAGGAGCUGCAGGAUGGAGAACAGUCUUUAAAUUCCUGGUUCCAUUUUUGAUCAACUCAAGAGAAUAAAACUAAGGCGUCUACCCCUCAGCAACAGCGGUCUCUGGUCAGAGGGCGGGGAGAGCACCGGGCCAGCUGCUGUCCUGUCACCACGAAGCUGCCGAUGGCUCGGGCCUCAGACCGGGGCCAGGACGCUGGGCCGGGUGAGGGCCUGGCUGCGCCGCCCGCCCGCCCGCCCGCCUCACAGGGACACGGAGGCAGGACACUCAGUUGUGUUUUUAAUGGAGUCAAAUCCACGUGGUUUGUAUAUUUUUUCCUUUAAUCUUGGGCAUUUUGUUUCUCUUUCUGAGAACAUAACUUGAAACACUACAGAGCCAAUAAUCAUAUAAAAAGUGUACCCGUAAACGCUGUACAGUUUUAUACACGUUCACAAUGUACUUUUGCUGCCUUCUAGAUAAUUUAUUUUGCAACACAUUACUGCACAGUUGUAAAUAACUUAUGUACUGUAACAUCACUUCAGUUAUGUGUAAAGAAAUAAAUAAAUUAAUUACAUGCU